AGAGGUGUAUAGACGUGCAUGUCAGGGGACUGUAUGGGGGUAGGUCAAGCUUUCUGUGAAUGGACACUUAUGCAGCAGUUUGUCUUAGAUGUGCCGUGCACUUUUAAGUGCGUGAAGUCUGCUGCUGCCACAAACCGGGGGGGGGAUGGGUUUUCGCCGAUUGGUUGCUCGUAGACCGGCACACACAUCCAAGGCUCGCAAUAUAACCAGGGGCAGGUCGACUGCUAAAGAAACAAUUAUCAUUUAUUUUAAAAUGAAAGUGCAGAUGUUACGUCACAGGGAAGCGUGAACUGUAUGUAGCAGUUAGAAACUCCGGCCGGGGAAAAAGGAAGCAUUGCAUUUGAGAGUGAAAUUGCUACAUGCAUCUGUUUGUGUUUUGAAGGGGCCGCCGGUAAAGUAAUAGCUACUGUAGCUAGCGAGCUAAAGUGUGGAGAAUAUGAGCGCAGGUCCCGGCCUACUGUUGCCGCCGCCGGGAUUUUGCAGAUCCGCUUUCACAAAUCGGAAAAAAUACACGCAAUAUGUCACAAUCUGAAAGUAUUUCGGUCGUUUUUGUUGUGACCGAGAUGUAAAUGGAUGGAACCAUGACAGGAUGAAUCAGUCGUACGAACUGACAAUUCGAGAUGCAUUGGAGUGCUGCUCCACCCCCCUGGAGUUUCAGCCCCCUGUUGGUUCCAUCUCACCCUAUGGCCACCAGUACGGCAGUGAUCUCGAACCCGGGCCGGUGGGCGGUGCCCCGCUCCCCACUGCUCCGGCCUUCAGACCCAGACCUGGCUAUGCGUACGGUCGCCAUGAUCGCUCCUCGCACCCUUACAGCCCACUGAGGAGGCUCCAGGACUUGACCUCCAUGGUGAGCAGGCCGGACCUCGCCUUGCCUGAAGGGGACCCGCAAGGACCCCAGAAUGAUUUGCACACUUGGAACAACCCCAUGGGGAGGGCCGACUUCGGGACCCCCCCAGGGAACGCAGCCCCAUCGUCAGGCAGGAAUCAAACUUACCUGGCGGAUCAGAACUUGGAGAGGGGCGACUGUCUGCCUCCCCCGAAUCCGGACCUCUGCCUGGAGCAGAACAGCACUAUCCCCAACGGGUACCUGCACUUUGAGUCCACCCUGUUCGAGAAUGGCGAGGCCAGGGAGGACGAGGAGGUGACGCCCCAGCUCUUGGGCUCCUCCAAGAGGGAGCGGAAAGCCGGCGCCUCCUGGAGCCCCAGGCCAAACACUGCUGCUCCCCGCCCGGCCGCGGAAAAAGGGGUGGCGGCGGGCAAGUCCGUGGGUGUGUGCUCACCUAACGCCAUGGGUGCAGGAAGGAGUUCUGAUGAGGAUUCGGGUUGCGCUCGCAAAACUCCCGGAAAGAAUACCCCCAGGCUUAAAACGGCAACCCCCAGCCCUGACCCGUCGCAAACGGCUGAAUGUGACAUCACAUCGCCCAGUCAGGCUUCCGCAAGUCCUACUAUCUCAAAGAACAAGCCACUUCCACCAGUGAAGUUCAAAGAGGGAGAUGUGGUUUGGGCCAAAUUCAACCGCAGACCAUGGUGGCCAUGUCAGGUGGUCAAGGAACCUAUGGAAGGGACCUGCUUUAGACUAAAAGAUUCCAGCGAGCGUCCCUGUCGUCAGUAUUUCGUUAAGACGCUGGGGGAAAUCAUCGACCAAGCUUGGGUCCCUAAAAAGGCAACUCAGCCAUUUGAGGGUGGCUACCAGUUUGACAGCCUCCCCGUGCUUCGAAGAAGAGGGAGGCAGAAGGACAAGAACUACAAAUACACGAUACCCAAGCGUUUUCUGGAAUCGUGGAGGACCAGCAUAGAAGAGGCAGAAGUGGUUCUCUCAAAGGCCCUUUCCACUUCCUCCUCCCAGAAUUACAAUCACACUGAUGGAUGUGUACCUGGAAAAGGGGCCAAAUCCUCUUGCACUUCAGAGCCCACUGGAACCCCAAUGUCAGAUCACCUUCUCAACGGAGAGGGAACAGCUCCCAGGAAGCCACUGAAGACAUCUGAGAGUCAUGCAACUAGUCCUCGGAUUAAAAAGAAGCCAGGUAGCUCGUUAAAAACACCCAGCACUAAAAAGGAAGAGUCGCCCAAACAGAAAUCCGAGGGUAAUCGAGACGAGGCUGAGAAGGAUUCUGAGGAGUCUCCUUAUUCCAGCACUGAGUUGACACCAAGGAUUCUGUACCCAAAAGAUCUUGAUCAAGCCUCAAAACUCAACCACAGCUUCUCUUCCUCAUGUCCCAGGAAAGAGCUAAGGAGAAAACCAGCACGGAAGAAUGUCAAAGGUCUUAAAAAGCCAGGGAAGGGGUCUACUGGAGAUACCAAUGGCGCAGGCUCCGAUUCAGAGAACAGUUUUGGGGGUGAAUCACCGUUCAGUAAAAUAACUGCAUGUCUUGCUGACCUAAAACGCCAGGACUCCGAUCCUUCAGGAGUUGAUGGUCUAACUGAACCUCCCAGUAAACCUCCAGAUGAGCAGUUUGCACGUUUUCCUGCCAGUAACUGCCUGAUGACAGGAGCGCUAAAAGCCAUGGAAGAGGCGAAUAUUAAAGAUGGUUUAAAGUUGACCCAAAGUUCAGAGUCUGUUUUGUCAAAUGGUGAGGACUCCACUUCAACAAGAAAGCUUGCUAAGGAACCUGUGUCAGAAUCAGAUGAAAGUACCAAAAUUUUAUCGGUCAAGGCAUCCGGCUCUGAUAAAUUGAGCUGCACUCCAACUUUGUCUAGUUACUCUGCUAGCACUUCUCCAAAAUUACCAAGCACUGAAGAAGCCACCUGCAGUAGGCCGUUGAUAAAAUCAGAAGAGCAAGGUUGCUCGAUAUCUGCAAGAUCUGUGGAUGCUGUUGCCCUUGGUGCUACCCGGGUCAAGAAAGACAAUUAUGUGUCUGAUAGGUCAUCAUGUUCCUCACCGGCAUCUUCACUUUUGUUUUUGGAUGCCCUCCAAGAUGUUAAAGAGAUAAUAUUUAAGUCAUUAGUCGACAAAGAUGGCAAGUCGAGUCAGCUCGCCACCUUUCAGCCUAAUGCGGACUUGAAGUUUAGUACUUUUCUAAUGCUGCUAAAAGACAGGCAUGAUAUCCGAGAGAGAGACGGCACUCCUCUUGUCCUGGAGCGAGGACCUACUAGUGCUCUUAUGAAAGAAGAGCCAUCUCUGAUGCCACCAGAAGAGGCUGGUCCAAACGAGCAGUUGUGGGCUACUGGAAAGGGCAAGGUAUCAGCCUUGAAAUUUGCACAUCCCAAACCCAAACAAGUAAGGUCCAGGCCCUCCCAGAAAAAGGAAAUCGGAAGAUGUGAACGGGGAGAUGCCAGUUCCGUGAAAGGCGGGCAGAGCCGAAGCACGCAUCAAGGUUCAAAAAAGCGACUGAAGAAGAGUCGGCUGCCUGCCGCCAAGAAGGGCGUGGUAGGGGUGGCUUUUGGGUUGGUGGAGCCUACAUAUGGUAAGUCACUGGGACUAGGCAUUCCUCAGUUUUCAGGGAAGUCUUCGUCAUACCUUCCUGGGUCUGUACCCCAUUUGCCUGGUCAAAGCACCAUAACCAAUGUGGCCCCGAAGAAACGCUGGCAGACCUUCGAGCUAAUGGGUGAUCAGCACCCGUUGAAGGCGCCCCCUGAGCCUUGUGACGCUAAUGGUGAAAGUCUGGCAUUUGUUCCACACUUGUCCAGUCAUCUUCAUCCAAAGCACAAGCUCCAGAGCCAGAUUGGCACUGACAUUACGAGCUCAGCCCCCUCUGUCAGUGAAGGAAAAGAGGUUUCUUCAGCACACCUACAAAAUAAACGGCAGAGAAAACCGAGCAAACGACUCAUAGAAUGGACAGAAGAGUAUGAUCAGAUAUUUGCUACCAAGAAGAAACCGAAGAAAACCCUGGAGGCUUCGAAAAAGGUGUCUGAGUCUAGCACAGAGCAGCUAUCUUCUGCAAGGAUGACGCAGGACGUUUUGAACACACCUGCGGAGCCGCAGGCCCCACGCCAGGCUCAUGACCGGCCCAUCACAGGGCACCUGCCACCUCAAAAUGCCCAUGCGCCACCUAUAGACACACUUACGCCACCCCCAGAAUCCGUACAUUCCCCCGCUGGAGCAGGAGGUGUUGGGGAGUUGGCUAAAACAAAGCUUGAAACAUCUGUUGAACCUGCCUGCCAGGAUGGGAAGAGACAACGGAAACCGACAAAGAAAAUACUGGAAUGUUCCAUUGAGGCAGAACCCGUCAUAGUCCCAAAGAGGAAGAAGUGUAGGGAACAAGGUAGAGGGGCAGAGGAGGAGGCAGGAUCCCAGGACAAUCAGGAAGGGGUGUAUGAGGCCAAGUCUACUAAGAAAGAAGUGCCUGUAUCGAGUUCGUCCGGUCAUGCUUCUAAUUCAGGCUCCGCUAAGUCGAAAAUGGGUCCUGCGGUGCCGCCACCAACAUCGCAGAAGGAUCAGCCAGAUCCCCUGGAGUGCCUGGAUGAAGAGGGACACUAUGACUCCGUCGCAUUGGGACUUCCGGAGGACGACCUCCAGCUGGAUGGAAGGUCCUUGCAGGACUCGGAGGGUUUUGGGUCGGGUUACGACGACGUCAUCUCAUCCAUGAAGGAAGAUGGGCUGUCCUCAAGCAAGAGACCGCCGGGGGACAAGGGGGGUGCAGCAUCGCUGAAGGAAAACGUCUGCCAGGUGUGUGAGAAAACCGGCGAGCUGCUUCUGUGCGAGGGCCAGUGCUGCGGCGCUUUCCACUUGCAGUGCAUAGGCCUCGCCGAGAUGCCCCAGGGCAAGUUCGUCUGUCAGGAAUGCACCACCGGCGCGCACACGUGUUUCGUGUGCAAGAAGACGGGCACGGACGUGCGCCGCUGCAUGAUCCCCGUGUGCGGGAAGUUCUACCACGGCGAGUGCAUCGCCACGUAUGCGCCCACUGUGCCGCAGGGUCGCGGCUUCCGCUGCGCGCUGCACGUCUGUCUGUCCUGCUACAUCGCCAACCCCGCCAACCCCUCCGCAUCUAAAGGUCGCCUGACACGCUGUGUUCGCUGUCCCGCCGCCUACCAUGCCAACGACUACUGCAUGGCUGCCGGUAGCAUCAUCCUGGCCAACAACAGCUUCCUGUGCCCCAAUCACUUCACUCCGCGCAAGGGCUGCCGCAACCACGAGCACGUCAACGUCAGCUGGUGCUUCGUCUGCUCCGAAGGGGGCAGCCUCCUGUGCUGCGAAUCAUGUCCCGCCGCUUUCCACCGCGAGUGUCUCAACAUCGACAUGCCUGAGGGCAGCUGGUUUUGCAACGACUGCCGCGCUGGCAAAAAGCCACACUACAAAGAAAUCGUUUGGGUCAAAGUUGGCCGAUACAGGUGGUGGCCUGCCGAGGUCAGCCACCCCAAGAACAUUCCCGCCAACAUCCAGCGCAUGAAGCAUGACGUCGGCGAGUUUCCCGUCCACUUUUUCGGCUCCAACGACUAUCUCUGGACCUAUCAGGCGCGAGUCUUCCCCUACAUGGAGGGCGAUACCAACAGCAAAGACAAAAUGGGAAAGGGCGUGGACUCCAUCUACAAGAAAGCUCUCCAGGAAGCCGCCAGGCGGUUCAAAGAGGUACAGGCUGAGCAGGAGCUGCGGCAGCUCCAAGAGGACAGGAGAAAUGACAAGAAGCCCCCGCCAUACAAGCACAUAAAGGUGAACCGGCCGAUCGGCAAGGUGCUGAUCAUCACGGCCGACCUGUCGGAGAUCCCGCGCUGCAACUGCAAGGCGGCCGACGAGAACCCGUGCGGGAUGGACUCGGAGUGCAUCAACCGCAUGCUGCUCUACGAGUGCCACCCGCAGGUGUGCCCGGCGGGCGAGCGCUGCCAGAACCAGUGCUUCACCAAGCGCCAGUACACCCCAGUGGACAUCUUCCGCACGCUGGCGCGUGGCUGGGGCCUGCGUAGCUGCUACGACAUAAAGAAGGGACAGUUCGUGAGCGAGUACGUGGGGGAGGUGAUCGAUGAGGAGGAGUGUCGAGCCCGGAUCAAGCACGCGCAGGACAAUGACAUCGGCAAUUUCUACAUGCUGACAUUGGACAAGGAUCGCAUCAUUGACGCGGGCCCCAAGGGGAACCAGGCGCGGUUCAUGAACCACUGCUGCCAGCCCAACUGCGAGACGCAGAAGUGGACGGUGAACGGGGACACGCGCGUCGGCCUCUUCGCGCUCAUGGACAUUCCAGCAGGUACAGAGCUGACCUUCAACUAUAACCUGGAAUGCCUGGGCAACGGAAAGACCGUCUGUAAAUGCGGGGCGCCCAACUGCAGUGGGUUCCUCGGGGUGCGGCCCAAGAACCAGCCGCCGGCCGAGGACAAGGCGCGGAAGCUGAGGAAGAAGGUCCCUGUGAAAAGGAAGAGCCAGUCCGAGGUGACCAAGGAACGGGAGGACGAGUGCUUCACCUGCGGCGACAGCGGACAGAUUAUCUCCUGCAAGAAGCCCAGCUGCCCGAAGGUGUACCACGCAGACUGCCUCAACCUGACGAAGAGGCCGGCAGGCCGCUGGGAAUGCCCGUGGCAUCAGUGUGACGCGUGUGGCACCGAGGCGGCCUCCUUCUGUGAGAUGUGCCCCAGCUCCUUCUGCGAGCGCCACCGCGACGGCAUGCUCUUCAUCUCCAGGCUGGACGGCCGCCUCUCCUGCAGCGAACACGACCCCUGCGGUCCGGAGCCACUCGAGCCAGGCGAGGUGCGUGAGUGUCCCAUCGACCAGGCGGGAGCUGGGGGCGGGACAGGGGGCGGGGCGUCCUCUGGUGCCGUCCCUGCCACAUUUCCCCGAACCGUAGCCCCCAACAAUGGGCCGCUGCCGCAUGCUGGAGACCCCAAAACCCACCGGGAUUUCGACUCCGGAAGCCACGGCCCGUACUCCCCCAUAUCUUCCUAUGGCGACGGCAAAGACAAGGAUGAGGAGGAGCUGGAGGAAGAUGAAGAGGAGCUUAUGACCCUGGAAGGGGAGGGGGACAGUGCGGAAGAUAGUCCCGAGUCCAGCACCGCUGAGCUGAAGGACGGUGAGUCCCAAGAGCCGAAGACAGAGGGUGCCACUGAGAAGGCAUCCGAGUAACAGUCUUGCAUCCCGUUGGCCACUGCUCUCUGUCCGCAAGGAGGCUUUGACACUACGCAGACAUUCCGGAGGGGGGGGUGGUGGUGGUAAGGAAGAGGGGGUAUAGCUAGGGAGGCUGAAGCAAAGCAAUGGGGGGGGGCACGGUUCAGCUCUUCGACUUGCAUGCAACACUCCCAUGGACUUCCUGUACAAUGUGAAGGACCUUCUAGAAGUUUGACCCAAUCAGGUUUCAGCUGUGAAAGACCUCUGUGAGGAACCUUAGCGGCUCAGAGUUUGGGCUUCAAGAAACCUGCCCGUUUCACGUUUGCGUCCAUGAGAUAUGACUGCAUCUAGGUUUGUUUUUUUUUUUUUAGUUGUUUCGAUGUUUAAGUUUUAAAGUUCUAGGAGAACAGACAUUUCCGGCAUCCAGACACACUUGCUGAAAGGCCAGUAUCCUCAAUCAAGGGACACAUUUUUGUUUGCUAAAACUCUCAGCUUAGAGGAGGGUCCACACCAAUUGUAUUUCUUCACAGGAAAGCAAGUUAAUCAACGGAGAGAGCGGCCAUGGUUGCGGUACUGGGUAACUGAAGAAAUUUCGGUGUGCCACAAAUUUCAGCACCUCGCAUCGUCAGUUACAGGAAAUUUGCCCUGCUUGGCCCAGAACACGUAUUCAUAUACGUAUGUAUGCUGCGGUCUUAAUCCAAAAGUCACGUAACAAUCUCCAGUUGUUUUAUGGCACAUUUUACCAAAACCGGUGACCAUUUUGGAUUUACUUUACAUGCCGUUUUUUAUUAUUGAAAUCAAUACUGGAAGAGUGAAUGUCACAUAGGCUCGGAGCUGGAGAGGUAAUACAGGAGGAAUUGCUUUGAUAGAAGAUUGUAACAUCGCAAAAACAUGGAUGCUGGUGACCUCUAACCCCCCCACCCCCCACCCCACCCCCAUUGCUCUGCAAACCCACCGAAGAUUAGGACAUGAUUAAUGCAGAUAAUUAAGAACAUUCCAUGCAGGUCUGGUUAUUCAUUUUGGGCAUUGUGAGUAUGUCCAAUAGUUUAUUCCCUUGGUUUUUUUUUUGUUCCUUGAUUGAUCAUUUGUACAUUUUGAACAUAAUCUUAUGCUAAGUCUCUGCUGGAGUAAUUAGCACCUCACUUGCGGCCUCUGCGAAUCAGACAUUCAGUUUGAAUCUACGGAGCCAUGGGGGUAAAUAUGUCCCUCCAUCCUGGAAGAAGAGAAUGAGCCUAUGUUUCAGAAGGGCAGAGGUUGGCCAAGGUUAGUGUGUGCGGGUCAAAAGACAGGCCUCUGAUUGGU